AUGGGGGAAACCGGUGGCAAUGACGACGAUGGGAAAACCUCUGCUAAUAUGUUACGGAAUACGCCGUCGAACAUUAGAAGGUUGGCUGAUGAGAUACAGCAGUGUGAGGGGCGACAAAAGUAUCUUGCGCAGACCAAAAGCCCAUCGGACGGGGGUGAUGUUAGGUGGUACUUCCGUAAGGUUGCCAUGGAGAAAAAUGAAGUAGCUGCUAAUGUCCCACGUGCAGAAACAGUAGAAAAGAGUGAUUAUUUUCGAUUUGGUAUGCGAGAUUCUCUUGCAAUAGAGGCAUCAUUCUUACAGCAAGAAGAUGAAUUGCUCUCUAUUUGGUGGAAAGAAUUAGCCGAGUGUAGCGAAGGUCCAAAAGGAUCUCCCGCUUCAGUUUCCAAAUCCGACCCUCUCCUACAACCAUUUUCUCUAGAAACUUCUCGAUCAAUCAAACCAGAUGAUGAAGACAGAGUCGGUGUCCCCGUGAAAGGAGGCUUAUAUGAGGUAGACUUGGUGAAGCGACAUUGUUUCCCUGUUUAUUGGGAUGGAGAUAAUCGUAGGGUUUUAAGAGGCCAUUGGUUUGCACGUAAAGGGGGCCUUGAUUGGCUUCCUAUUCGUGAGGAUGUUUCUGAACAGUUGGAGUUUGCUUAUCGUGGAAGGAUUUGGCGUCGAAGAACAUUUCAACCAUCUGGACUAUUUGCAGCACGAGUUGACAUGCAAGGGUCAAGUCCAGGGUUGCAUGCUCUUUUUACUGGAGAAGAUGACACGUGGGAGGCAUGGCUAAAUGUAGAUGCUUCUGGAUUCUCUAGUAUUGUUAAGUUAGGUGGGAUUGGGAUUAAGUUAAGGCGUGGGUAUGCUCCCUCUCGUUCACCAAAGCCAACUCAGGAUGAGUUACGUCAACAAAAGGAGGAAGACAUGGACGAUUAUUGUUCACAGGUUCCAGUUGGACAUGUAGUUUUUAUGGUUCAUGGUAUUGGUCAAAGGUUGGAGAAAGCUAAUUUAGUUGAUGAUGUUGGCAUAUUCCGCCAUGUCACCUCUAGCCUCGCAGAACAACACUUGACGCCUUACCAACGUGGAACUCAAAGAGUUCUUUUUAUUCCAUGCCAGUGGAGGAAAAAUUUGAAGCUUAGUGGUGAAUCAGCUGUAGAAAAAUGUACAUUACCUGGUGUACGUGGAUUGAGGGUAACUUUAAGCGCAACUGUUCACGAUGUGUUGUACUACAUGAGCCCAAUCUACUGCCAAGAUAUUAUUGACUCGGUUUCCAUUCAAUUAAACAAGUUAUAUCUAAAGUUCAUCAAGAGAAAUCCUGGUUAUGAUGGAAAGGUUUCCUUAUAUGGUCAUUCAUUGGGAAGUGUUCUUUCGUAUGACAUUUUAUGUCAUCAAGAGACUUUGACCUCACCAUUUCCAAUGGAGUGGAUAUAUAAAGAUCAGAUCAAAUACGAAAGCUGUACACCAAAUGACAUGCAGUCGUCUUCUAGCUGCCACGUGUCCUCCAAUUCAGGAGGUCAGGAUUUCAACACGAUAAUUAGUUCCGCUAAAAAGGGCAUCACAAGGGUACAAUCGGAAUCUUCACUUCCUGAAAUGCGAGUUGAAGAAUCAAACCUUUCAGAAACGAGGAAUCAUAAGAAACAUGGUAGUCUUCCAUUGAUAGAACAAGUUGCAGUUGGAUCUGACCAUGGUGAAGCUUUAGCUAGUGGCUCGAAUCGAAUUGAUGAGGAAAAUUGUCACAAUGAUGAAAAUAACACAAUUAAAUCUUUAAGGGAAGAGAUUGACAUUUUGAAUGCACGAAUUAAAGACCUAGAAAAAGUUUCCAAAGGUUCAUCAUCUUGCAAAAAUGACACGUUGAAGAGUUACACACCUCUUAUAAAGUACACAAAAUUGGAAUUCGAGGUGGAUACAUUUUAUGCGGUUGGGUCUCCUCUUGGUGUGUUUCUUGCCCUUCGUAAUGUCCGUAUAGGAAUUGGUCAAGGAAAAGACUAUUGGAACAAUGAAAAUGUACACGAAGAGAUGCCAUCAUGUCGACAAAUGUUCAACAUUUUUCAUCCUUUUGAUCCGGUGGCAUAUAGAGUAGAACCACUUGUUUGUAAAGAUUAUGUCAAUUCACGCCCAGUCAUCAUUCCAUAUCAUAAAGGUGGAAAGAGGCUGCAUAUUGGAUUCCAGGAAUUUGUAGAAGAUGUUGCAUCAAGUUCUCAGGUGGUAAUGGAUCGCAUGAGCUCAGUAAAGGGUAAAGUACUGGCACUAUGUCAAGUGAAAGAUGGUGAUGUCGUUGGAGUGGAGUCACCAGAAGAGCCCGAAGUAGUGGAGAGAUCAUAUGGUUCGAUAAUGAUGGAGAAGUUAACAGGGAGUGAAGAUGGCCGAAUUGAUCAUGUCCUUCAAGACAAAACAUUUCAGCAUCAAUACAUAUCCGCUGUGGGAGCACAUACAAAUUAUUGGAGAGACCUUGACACUGCAUUAUUUAUCUUAAAACAUUUAUACCGAGAUGUACCAGAAGAACCCAAAGCACCAGAUGGAGACACGAAAAAUGAAGUAAAACAAGGAACCGGUGAAUAUUGGCAUGGUUGGUAUAAUAAUAAUGAAGAGGGUACUGAUGACGACCUUCCUUUAACAUUUUCCAAUACAAAAUUUGUGAAAAAAUUUACGAGAAGAGCCAAAAGCUUCAUUGGUCCUUGAUUUAUUUAUUUAUUUAUUUAUUUU